UUAAUAAUUUGGUCAAACAUGGCGCUGCGAUGGGCCCCAAAUUAACGUGCGCUAUAAACACGUGGUUUGCUGUGCGCCUAUGAGUGCUUUAAGUCGAAAUACUGGACUGGAAGACUCUGCUUUUGCGCGGUUGAGGGAAAGCUCGAGUAUCUAGGGUGUCCCAAUAUUUAUAUGGCGAAUGCGUGAGGACUGGACCGAGCUCUCUUCGACCCUAAACAGAAAUCCGCUGUCGUCUCUGGCUUUGGCAAAGGGAAUUACCCAGAAGUCUUCUGUCUUCAAGCCACCGACCUAUCAGUGUAUCCAGAGGACCUGGCCGGAAGAAAAAUGAAAUAAAAGAAAAUGGCGGAUAAUACUCUGAAAUGGACAGAUGAACAGACGCUGCAACUGAUCCAGCUGCGGAUAGAAAACGAGCAUCUUUUCACAGGGCACCGGAAUGCGUCUGUGAACGGAUUUGAUGAAAUAAUCAAGAAAAUGGACUUGGAAGGGAAGAUGACCGCCAAACAAGCUGCCAAAAAAUGGGAAAACCUAAAGAAAAAGUACAAGGACCUGAUGGCAGCCAUGGCAGAUCAGUGGCCGUUCUUCUCUGCCAUGCAUGCCGCUGUCUGCCAGAAGCCCGCCACACAACCUUUACAUGUAAUCGCCUCGUGCACCAGCACGGAGCAGGCCACGUUGCCCAUGGCGACCUCCGACACAGACGACACGAAGGAUCCCGGCGAAUUCAGCGCGUGGACCUCCGCCACAACCACGGACAGCUGCGUGGCUGAUGACAGCGUGGCGCAGAGCGAGCUGUCGUUCGCCGGUUCCAUUGGGCAGAAGCGGAAGAGGAGCAGCCUGUUGGACUACCUGAAGAAAGAGUCCGAGCGGGAAGAAAAGCGGUUCAAAGAUGCGGAAGCCAGAGAAGCAGCCAGACAUGAAGAGAACCAGAGGCAGAUGAGCAGAUUGCUUUCUGCCUUUGAAAGAAUGGUGGAAAAGAUGUAGAUUACACACUACACUACAGUACCAAUAUUGUUUUUACUUGUUUCCCAGCAGUGUGUUAAAAUAUCAGUCCUAAAAUAGUUGCGUAUUGAUUGUUUGUAAACAAAGACAAAGAAAUAGGUAAACCUUUGUUUAAGCCUAGAUCCUCAGUUGAAACUGUGGGGUUUGUAAAAAAAAUUGUUAGGUCUACAUAUAAAAAUGGCGGCAAGCCUUAUAACUGGU